UUACUGCAGUUUCCAGUUUUCCACUUCCAGUUGUCGAUAGAAUUCGUGUCGUGAUGGUUUGUGCUUUGCAUCCCGUAUAUUUGCAGACCUAAUUGUUAAUAUCAAAGCGUUGUUACUAAAGUAAUAGUACACUAUACGUAACCUCAGCAAGAUCUCAAACAAAUUUGUGAAAGGUAUAAUAAAAUGUCGCAUUUUAAUACCUUCUCAACAAUUUGACGUAGUGUCAUAUCGUUUCGCAAGUAGUUUUUGUCAGAGGUGUUUUAUUUGUGUUCGGUUUCGUGAAAAACAUCGGUCGGGUGUAAUUUUUUGUGCAAAUUGUGCAGUGUGUGUAUAAAGAGCUUUGUUUGUGUCGUAUUUCUGUGUUGGAUAACGGUAUUAUAGUGAAAGUCGGCUGGGUGUUUGUGUUCUUCCAUUCCAAAACUAAAAAUGCUGGAAGCCUGUUUGCGCCCCAGUGUUGUUUCCACAAAGGGAGACAAAGGGGCAAAGUUUCCAGCCAUAUCAUAUUCAUAAUGGGGAAUUCCGAUCAGCGGCAGCCCCACACCGCCGCCGACCAUGUUGCGUCCGGAAUCGCCGCUCGCUGACCACCGCAGCCUACUGCCCCGGCGGCUGCUGCCCACGAAGGCGCAGAUAGCCCCCGCAGACAAGAAGAAGAACAGAAGAUCUCUAGAACUCAACCCUCCAUCGAACGACCACGCGCCGUACGACUACCCGAAACUCCUGAUCUCAAAAACCACUGACUCCCUAAAUGCAGAGUGUCCGCGCAAACUAAUCAAUAAGCAAGAUUCCUCCGAGAGUCUCAAAAGAGGACUUCUGGCUAAAGACGAUAAAAAAUGCGCUUUAAAAGACGCAGAUAAGAAAGCGAUCGCGAAGCAAGACUCCAGCGAGAGCUUGAAAAAGGCGUUGUUAUGUCGCCAGGACUCCAAUGACAGUGCGAAAAGGAGGGAGUCCGAUCCGAAAUGGGUGCAGAGACAGGAGGAGAGUAAGAGGAGUUUGGAGGUGAAACGUGAAAACAAGAAGGGUUUGUUGGAGACUGAUAUAGAUGACGCUUGUAAACGGAUAUACGAGAGACGGACGGGGUGCGCGCGGCCGACUUUACCGCCGGUUGCCGAAAAGGGCGUAUCCCCGAAGUCCCCCAACGGAAGCCCUUUAACUCCAGGCGUAGCCGCAGUUGCUGAAGGCGUGGUUAGGUGGGGAAGUGGAAUUUUGUCUCCGAAAGAGGAACCGAGACUAAGGCCCGCCAGAAGCUGGUACGGUUACGGGACUCUUCCGACGGACAACGACAAGAUGGGAGCAGGCGUGAACGGUCCAGGUGGUCGGCGGGCCCUGGAGCUGAUCCUAAGUGGGGGGCUCAAGUCUUUAGCGAGGCCUGCCAAGCCGGUCAGGAGGGCCGCUUCGAGAGACUCGGUUCUGUCUCAACCCCAACCUCUACUUGAAGGUCUCAGAAAGUGUUCGACAGUGCUCGCGCUGACAGACCGAGAGAAGGCGCCAGAACCGAUCAGGGCCCACAACCGACUGCGCGCACCUUCCGUCUGCUCCCGCUGUUCUUCGUUGUUGUCCCUCGCCGGCGCUGGAGGGUCCAGGUACUCCCUGGACGGCGCCGGGGGUGGAUUCGUCCCCACCGCGCCGAUAAACUGCAAGCUGUGCCUGGAAGAUGCCACCCCUGACAAGACCACCGUCAUAUCCGGUUGCGGCUGUUCCUUUUGCACCAGGUGCAUGAAAGCGUACGUGGAGUUCGAAGUAUGCAACGGCGCGUACGAAGUGUCCUGCCCCGACGACCGCUGCUCGGCCGGCGCGGCGCUGUCGCUCGACGAGAUCUCCCACCUCGUCGCGCCCGCGGUCAUGGAGAAGCAUCUCAAGUUCCGGCUCAACCACGAGGUGGCGAUGGACGCGAUGCGAGCGUUUUGCCCCAGACCCGGCUGCGAUACAGUUGUCCCCGUGCGAGCCGCCAGCCCCGCGCAUUGCCCCACGUGUCGACAUGACUUCUGCUCGCAGUGUAAUCAGGAGUGGCACGGCGGGCUGUCGUGCGAGGCGGCGGCGGCGUCGUCGUCCGCGGGCGGUGCUGGCGCGCCCCUGCUGCCGGACUCCGAGCUGAUCAAGCUGUGUCCCAUGUGCCGCGUGCCCAUCGAGAAGGACGAGGGCUGUGCGCAGAUGAUGUGCAAGCGCUGCAAGCACGUGUUCUGCUGGUACUGCCUUGCUUCCUUAGAUGACGACUUCCUACUGCGGCACUACGACAAAGGGCCGUGCAAAAACAAGCUCGGUCACUCAAGGGCUUCAGUUUUAUGGCAUCGCGCUCAGGUGGUGGGUAUAUUUGCGGGUUUCGGUUUGCUGUUGCUCGUCGCGAGCCCUCUGCUGCUGCUCGCUGCACCCUGUAUCGUCUGCUGUAAGUGCAGACUAUGCAACCCGAACACAAAAAACCUCGAGGAAGUGGACGAAAUCGAAAGCAUCAGCCCCGGACGAGACGACGACGGCGACGAGACGAGGACGAGGUUCCUCUCCGACUGACGACGUCGCUAUUAGAUAAUGGACUCUAAUGCGAGGUAAUACGCACCUUUUUUGCGUACAAGAAUGGUUGGACAUAGAUAUAGGACUAAAGUUUGCAAUGGACUUGGUUGUCUGGAAACUUUUUAUGUCUAAAAUUCUAAUACAUAAAAUAUGUACCAACGAUAAAGUGGUUGUAUGUGUGUAUGUAUAUCUAUGUUGUAGUAUAUAUCAAUGACUGUAGAUUUUUUUUAAAUUGAUGCGAAGUUUUGACAUUUUGUAGGUAUUCACAGCUUCGAGCUCAUAUUCGAGCUUUUUCAUAUUAUGGCUUUUACGCAGCAGUUAAAAAUACCAACAUGCAAAUUUUCAUCCAAUCAGCAACGUGAUACCAACAUGCAGAUAUAUAUGUUGACCAAUCGCAGAGUUUGUUUAACAUGCGUUUUGUGAUUGGUCUAACAUAAAACAUAUUAUAUAGUCUUUAACAUCGUUCAAGUUCGCAUCAGUUUAGAAAAGUUUAUAAAUAUGAAAUUGACGGUAGAUUAACAAAAUAAACAUUACUGAUUGACAUGAAAAAUAUUGUAACUCGUGAAUUUUUGAUGACAUCAAUUCUCAUAUUCAAAACUUUAUAAAUAACAUUGAAAUUUUAAAUGUACUCUCAAUGUCAUCUGUAGUUAUGUAAAUAACACCAUAUAAAUAGUAAUUGUUUUUGUUCAUUUUUUGUUAUUUUGAAAUGAUUUUUAUUAUUUGAUUUGAGACCAGAAAAGGUUAAAUAGAUUUUGAAGGUACUUUGCUUAUUAUUUAACUGCCUGUAUUUUGAGGGUACAUUUAAAAGUGUAAUUUUUCCAUCUCACAAAGACCAUUUAACUUCUAUUGUUGUAGUAUCUAUGGACAGAUAUGUAAAAAUUUGACGUUAACACAUACAAUUUUAUGGUCUUCUUAUGACAGAUUCAGUUGAUAUUAAUUUGUGUACGUGUAAUAUUUUGAUAUGUCAUCGAAAUUAGAUUGAAUUGUAAUAUAUAUAUGUUGACGAUAGAGCAUAUUUUGACGUAAUAUAAUAUAUUCAUAUGGUAUGUGAUGGAUGUUCUGGUAUUACUUAGGCUAACAGUAAAUGUGGAGAAAUAACCAAUGAAAUUAUUGGGAUAUGACGCGAUACGGUGACCUGACCAAUCAAUUAAAUCGUCGUACGUAAAAGUGUAUAAUUAGACCAAUGAGAUUAUUGGGAUAUGACGUAAUAAAAUGUUGACGUCACCUGGCCAAUCAGUUUAUUCAACGAACGUUAAACUGUAUAAUAAUUAAACAGAUAUUUGAAUUGACUGCCGUUUGCGGUCUGCGGUGACUUAAGUAAUAUUCUGAAGUUGUUAUAGAAAUCUUGAUGUUUGUGAAUUUUAAAUAACUACAGUCUGCCUAGUGGCAGUUUAGAAUGUUUUCAUACUGUGACGAUCGCGUAACCGUAAACGCAAAUUUCUAAGGAAUUGAAACAGCGCCAUCUAGUGGCACUACUGCACAACUGUUUUAAUUCCUUGCAAAUUCGCGUCAACGGUUACGCAAUAGUCACAGUAUGAAAACAUUGAAAACUGCCACUAGGCAAUCUGAACAUUUUUUAACAGAUAAAAAAUAAUUAUUGUUCACAAUUUCCAUAGUCUGUAAUAGUAGAUGUUUGAUGUGACAGAGUACAAAAUAUGUCUGGAAUAUAAUUUGGAUUAGAACAGGACAUAAUUAACACAAGGGUUAGAAGAGUGAGAUUGAGAUCAAAUUCACCUACAUCCAGAAUCACAUUACAUACACCGUUUUUCAGUUUAAAGUGUGAUUCUAGGCAUAAUCAGUAAAAAACGUUUAUUGGCAUAGGAUCGAAUCCCGUGUUUAGUGUGUAUACGCCUUUAGAAUGCUUUGGGUAUCAGUGUUUGAAUAAACAAAACUCUUUCGCUAAAUUUUGCGUUACUCUAAAAGGUAAAUUAUAUUAAUCCGACGCAUACCUACAGAUAUUCACAAAUCGUCGUUAUAUAAUUAUUUAUUUAUAGAUGCAACUUCUUUAUAACUGGUUUGAGUACCAACCCGCACUACUGAAAAAUCGCAUCGCAAAAAAUUGAAGUUUGCGGUUUCUCCAAUAUGAAUAUAAUUCACUUUGAAUAUUGCAAAAUCUUUAACCGCAAAUGAAGUUACAGAGUUUUGUUUAUAAAGGUUGUAAUUUCGAGGUGCUGCCUUAUUUAAAAUAGCUAGAAGAUUAUUUUAGAAGGGCUAGCUAUAGUUAUAGCUUCAGUGGAUAUUGAGAAACUUCGUAUUGUAAAAUAACCUCAAAAGACUUGCAGUAGUGUUUUUAUAUAUACUAAGAUCUUCGUACAAAUAAUCACAAUUAUGUAUAAAUACGUAAUAAUUCUAGAAAGAAGACAAAUAGCGUUUUUGGAAAAUAUAAAUAGCAGAAUUACGAUAUUGCCAGGAGAGAAGGAGAUAACUUAGAGAAACUAGUGAUCACUGGCAAAUUGGAAGGAAAGAGAACCUCAUGGACGAUGCGUUAGUCUUAUUCGCGCCACUCUCGACACCAAGGUACAUCCACGACCCUCAUUGCUGAGGGUCAUGACUAACAUUAUCUUUAUACCAUAGAGAUUAUCCCACGAUUCUCUAAUCCUUUGAGAUUGCCUCUUACCAUAUUUACCACGUAACCGCACGCAUUACAAUCGGCAUACUGAAGAAAUUUUCGCUCCGUCGGUAGUGUGCGUUGGACCCUAAACUAAAUCCGACCAGAAAUGCUAUAUCCGCGUUAUGACCGGUCACCGGUAUGCGGGUAACUCUCAAUUUACUAAAAUUGUGGAUUUCUUCUGUGUUAACAUAUACUUAUGAAAUUUAUGUCCUGUGCGUUUAGAUUAGGAUAGUUCAAUGUAAAUUAUAUUAAUGAUAAUGAUUGAAGAAAUGUGAAAAAAAAUGUUUUCUCUAUUUAUUAUAACUCGCCACUCAUGUUUUCAUAAAAAAAAAUUAGAUUUGCUAAUUUCAAUUAAAUUAGCGUAUUAGUUAAACUAAUACAUAAAUUAUUAUCAUUUAAUGACCUUUCGAUAAAGAACAAUGUGACAAAAUGGGCCAACGUAGAUAGAUAUCGUGACUUAAUUAAAACUCAAAAUACGAUGAUAAGCAAAUGGUUUUUUUUAAAGGGUUAUUUUUCCAUUUUAACCUACUUCUAAUUGGAGAAGGUUCUUAUUUCAUAUUUAUUUGUUAUGUGUUGAUGUAUGAUGAUUGUGAAAUGAUUUUAAUAUUUUUUUUAUUAGAACCAGGGUAGUUCCCUAUUGAGGGCCAUUGAAAAGUUGAAGAAAUCUUUCGGUUUAAUUUUUCGGGUAAAAUUACAAAAAUAAUAUUUCAUAUAACUUCAUUAUUAUUAUAUAAAUCUAAAUAAACUGAAAAAAAUAUAUAGUUAUUAAAAAAGGAUAACACUUUAUUAUAUUAUAAUAUUAGGUAAUAAAUUAGUGGAGAAAUUAGCAUUUCUUAAAAUAGGUUUAACAAUAAAGAACUUAUCGAUCUGUGAAUGUGGGUAGUAACGAAAUAGACAGUAUUUUUGACGUUUAUUACAAAUUCAAAUUAAUAAAAUAAAUAUUUUCAAAUAUAGAACACUAAAUCUAAUUGUUAUUUUACAUACAAAAAUCAUAUUCGUAUUAAUAAGUACAAAAUGCUAAACGAAUGUAAAAUCAAAUGAAAUUAACAGUCAUUUGAAUGAUCCUUAUUUUUAAUUACUCUGUGUAGUUUAUAAUUGCCCGUCAACCUGUAUUGGAGCAGUAUGGUGGGUCUAGAUAAUAUCCCCAUAGAGGACUGUACAGGACCGUAAAAAGGCAUACAAUAAUGAUGACGAAUAAUUUGGUAUCAGCUUCUUCUUUGAGAUUUUAUAUGUUACGCUCAAAGAUUGAAAACGGUCAGUGAACGGAAAAAUAGCUCACAACGCGUCGUGGUCACAGUAAAACAUCCACAUGGCGAAAUUCUAUUCUAAUGUUAUGGCUCAGAUGAAAACGCGCACGACGCCUUGUGGCAAUCACAAGAAGAACAAAUAGCGAAAUUUGUGUCGUGGCUGACGUACUAUUCGAUCUCAACGCGUUGUAGCAAUGAAGAAAAGCAAUGACGCGUUCUGAGCAUUCAUUGUUUUAACCAUAUCACGACGGACAGGUUGUAAGUUGUCGGCUCGGGUGCAAAGCCGCAUUAAAACAUCAGUGUUAUUCAUUUCUUUUCUGUUUAGAGUGAAUUUUAAUGUCAACCUGUACCCAUCGAUCGUAGAUCGUUAGAUGGACCUCAAAGUGUCGCGGAAUUGUCAUUGGUUUCGCACAUUGAGUACGUCAUCACUCGUAACACAUUUCUCUUUAUUCAUGUUGUGGCUUGCGUUUUUACACUUCCAAAAUGAACACGUAGGCAUAAUUAAGGGAUUAAAAUAAGAAAAUACAGUAAAUACUUUUUUAGGUCCACGUCGACUCAAAGCAUGCGCUUGUUACGUACUAAGAUAAGAUGUGCGUGCACGUCUUUGGGUAAUGACAUAAAAUUGUGCGUUCUCUAAUAUGGAGGGGCCCAUCUAACGAUUUAUAUCGAUGCCUGUACCUGUACAUGUACAAGCUUUCUUGUAAUAUACUGUUUAAUUUGUAUUUCUUAUUAAUAUUACUUCUAAAUUAUAUGCUCAAUGCAAAUACUGCAUAUUUGUAAUUCUUGUUUUUUUUUUUUUUAAUUUUAAUAACAGCGACUUAUUGUGUAAAUGAUGACUGAAAUUUAUGUAAGAGUUAGAGACUGAUGAAUGAGAUAGAUCGAGUAUGAUUUUGACAACGAUUUUGUGCAGGGUUUUAGGGAAUACCGUCGCAUACUUGAGCGACUUGGCAUGCCGUCGCAUACUUGAGCGACUUGGCAUGCCGUCGCAUACUUGAGCGACUUGGCAUACCGUCGCAUACUUGAGCGACUUGGCAUACCGUCGCAUACUUGAGCGACUUGGCAUACCGUCGCAUACUUGAGUGACUUGGCAUACCGUCGCAUACUUGAGCGGCUUGGCAUACCGUCGCAUACUUGAGCGACUUGGCAUACCGUCGCAUACUUAUGCGACUUGGCAUACCGUUGCUUUUGAGCGACUUGGCAUACCGUCGCAUACUUAGCGAAUUGGCAUACCGUCGCAUACUUGAGCGACUUGGCAUACCGUCGCAUACUUAGCGAAUUGGCAUACCGUCGCAUACUUGAGCGACUUGGCAUACCGUCGCAUACUUGAGCGACUUGGCAUACCGUCGCAUGUUUUACCCUAAAACCCUGUAAAAGCGUGAAUAUAAUAUUAUAGUACCCUCAAACAACGAAUAGGGUAAAAUAGACCAAAUUUUGAAUGGCAUUUUUUAAGUUUAAAUCUUACGAGUAAGAUACAUUUACAUUCAACAAGUCAUCGUGAAUCUGAUACAGUUUUUAGAGAAGCUUUCAAAAUUUGGCUCUACAAAUAGUUUUUGUACUUUAGGAUUAUUGAUUCAGAUUAUAGUUUCUUCAAUAUCAAUAUGUACUCAGUGCUAUGUCAACUAUGACGUCACUAAAGUUUUCUGAAUCAUACCUAAAUAAAAUUUAAUAUAGAAAUGUUGUUUUGAUAAAAAAAAAAUACUUAACAUAAGUACUUCUUAAGUUAUUCGUGCGUAAAAGGGCAAAUGAUAUUUUUAUAACUGAAAAAAAAACAUACAACAAAAUAAGUAAUGUUAGUGCGCCUGGCGUGCAUUUUUUAGUUUUUAGAAAUCUUGAAAACAUUUUGAAAGUGAAAGCUGAAGUGGUAAAUAAAAGUUACUUUUCAAAUUUCGAUUGAAAUCAUAAAAGAAAUAUAUCGUUGUUUUUCAAACUUGGAAUUACUAAAGCCAACCACACACAAUCAAAUUACCACAAAACCUCGCUUAGUGAUGUGAAAGUGAAAAGAUGUAUCGAAAUAUGGUUAUGUCGUUUGACCUUGUGUAGGUAGCUUAUAGCAAAAUCGCGUAUUAACAAAAGGAAACUGCCCAAAAUAUUAAUUGAAUAUGUUUUAUGUUAAUUUUGACUAUACCAGAUAUGACGAUUCACUCGUGUUGGUCAUUUGAAUAGAGGGUAACUUUUUUGUCUAAUGAAUAAUCGGCUUUGGCCGAGCAGAAAAAGUGAAGUGUGUAUAUUGUAACUGCAAUGCAGUGAGAGACAAUGCAUUAUUGUAUUUAUAUUAUAGUCUAUAUUUUAUUUUUUUGUAAAUUACCUGUGAUUGCUAUGUCAUAUAUGUAGGGUAAGCUACGCGCAAACCAGAACUUUAAAAGAUGUAGAUGGUAUUUUAAUUUUUUAAACUAUUUUAAAACUAUUUUAAUAGUCCCAUUAAUUAUAAAAAUAGGUACUUUUUAUUUUGAUUAUUCGGACUAACAGCCAGACAACAUUUUUUAGAAAAGUUCGUGUUUUGAAUAUCGUGUUAUCUAUAGGAUAAGGAAAAGUUAUUUUGAAAUCACAGAGAGACACUUUAAUUAUAUUACGAUGGUUACUGACUCACGAGAAUGAGCCGAGCCGUCAUGCACGCAGCGACCAACACGCGAUCAGUUCUAGCCAUUGCCGCUGCAAGAUCGCGAGAAUAAUUGAUGGUAUAUGGCUGAUAUAUACAGUUCGUUCGGUUCGGUGUUGCGCAUAGCUUAAUACGCUGGGAACCGCCAAGCUGUGCACCGCUUUUCCUACGUGCCCUCACACGAGAGCCUUAAAUCGUAAUUUAUUGAUAGGAAUGUGCGGUAGAACCACUUUUAUUAGUUACACCGAUAUUAUUCGUAUGCAUAGAAAUAAUAUCCUUCACUGUUUAUUUUACUUGAAUAUGUAUACAGAGCUUUUCCCCUUCUGACGCACGCUCAGACCAAUUACUUUUGGACUUGUAUUUUGGAUUUAUUUCGCACUCAAAUUUACCAACAAAAUUAUCUGUCGUUUUUUGCGGGGGACGAGGUAAACUCGCACAUCGAAAGUAUUAACAAAAAUAAAUAUGUCACGUGUCCUACACUAUACACAACUAUAAAUUUAAAUCGUAAUGCACACACGUGUAAUUUAAACACAAUGAAACAUCUAUUCUGUAGACGCAGUUUGUAUAAUAACGUUGGAUCGUGAUCAUAUACUUUUGACAGAGUAACGUCUAGCGAGGCAGGUCCUAUGGUAAUUGGUCUGAGGCCGCAUGCGAUGUGUCACAGUUCUCACUCGAAAGUGAAUUAUUUGGUCCUUUUUAAUUGAGCAGAGUAAUUAAAUUUUUGAAUAUUAUUAUCAGUUAUCUGAUUUGUUUUACAAAUUGGACGCAAAAUUGAAGAUAUACAUAUACGUUAACAAAAUAUUUGCCAUUUCUAUUAAGGGUCAUGGCUCAUUUAAGCCGCCCAGCACACUAAACUGGUUAAAGAUUAUAAAAAAAUGCUAUAAUAAAUAAUAAUAAUAAUAUAAAGUAUCACGUAAAAUGGCAUGUAGAUACAAUCUAUAAAAAAUAUAAAAUAUUGCUGUAACUAAUAACUAUGGGAAUACUGUAACCAAAAUAUUAAUUUAUUGUAAAUAAGGAUUUAAUUAAUCUUGUACUUAAUAGAAUGAGGAUCGAUGGAUGAAAUUUGUUUUUUUUUUAUUUUCUAUCGUCAAUUUUUGUUAAAUUUUUAAUGAAUUUUUUACAAGUUGUAAUUAAAACAAAUAUCUUUGCCUACUUUGACAUUGUGAUUCAAAUCAUCAUUUUAACUGAUAAAUAAAAAAUAUUGUGUGUUCGACCUUUAUGUAUGUUCCCAGUUGUAUACAACCAGAAUUUAAUAUUUAAAAUAAUUAGGUAGGUACUCGGUUAUUUAUUGAAAUCAAUAUUAAAUUCAUGGGAAAGUGAGUUUUUUAGAUGGAUCACUCAUUCAUAUAUAGAUAUUAGAUACAUAUAUUUGUAUCAAAACUGAUUCCAUCUAUCCUCCAUAGCUUGUUGUAGCAAGCUAGUUGAAGCAUUUCGUAGAAUUAAAUGGAAAUUGUCUGUAGUAGGUAUAGGUUAAAAAGUUAAGCGAUUAAUAGUUUCUUAAUAAGUUAUCACUCGUCGUUGUAAAAUAAAUAUACUAUAUAUUUUCAAAGGUUGUCAUUGUACUUUUUUGUUUUUGUAAAAAAAAAAAUAAACACUUAUUAGAAUAUUUCAGAAUGUGAUGUAAAUAGUUAUAUGUGGAAAUUAUUAACAAUGAUUUUCUUAAAGCAUUAUUUGUAUAGAUGGUGUGCAACUUAUUGGACACUUCUUGGGAACAUGCUUGGUGAGAGGAAGGAGGGGAAGCCCUGAUAUCUAAGCUUACGUCAGCCGCUUCAUCAUCAUCAUCAUCAUUUUUCUUUUCUUCUCUUCUUUUUUUUUCUUCUUCUCUUCUUUUUUUUUAUUUUUAAUAUGGUCACUGCGCAACAUUAGCAAUUGAAUUCCGCAUCACAGUGGAGCAAUUUAACGAUGCCUAGUCCGUGGUAACGUAACGUCUCAUGCCUCAUGGACCGUCCUAAGCGUCUAAAGUAUGCCCGAAAUUCGGCUAUCGCGAUAACCCGAAUAUUCAAUGAGUGCCUAGGCAUAAACGUAAUACCUACAUUAUUUGAAAAUGAAGGAAAACAGUAUCUAAACUGCGUUACUUUGUCAUGUGUAUUUAUGUCUGGGCGUACAUUUACACAUAGGAUUUGUUUUUGCUUAAUGUUGUAAACACUCGUUUCUCCUGCCUCUGGCCCUGCCCUAAGGGGUGACCAACAAGUUGCUUUAUUUACUAGGCACAGCAGUAGUACAUUAAUUAUGUUCAGAAUGAUGAUAAUUGUGCAGUGAUGAAUCAAGAGUAUGUUUGUCUUUAUCGCACAUUUGCAAAAGUAGUUACCUACGAGUAAUAUAGGUAACUAAAAUUUUCAGUAAAUUGUGAUUUCAAAAAUUAAAUCAAUUUAUAUAUAAGCACAUUAAUACCACGCCCACCCAUCCAGAAUUGGCUCUAAUUUUGAAAUCCAGCCUUAUCAAAAGUACUUGAAUUGAAAUCUAAGCCUAAUUGAAUUAAAAGUAAAUUUGAAAAUUUGGCUAAUAGUUAUUAUUAUUAAUUACUUAGAUUAACAAAUUCUAAAGCGUUUGAUGAAGACAAACAUGAUUUUGCUAUUGUUCUGAAUGCAUUGUAUAGUAGUUUUUUCUUAAUCAAUCUUUUUGGACAGGAUUUAAAAGAAAAGUUUUUUGUCUGAUGAACGCACUUGUAAAUAAUAAUAUGAAGAGAAAUUUAUUUUUGUUAUUGAUUGUACGGAUUUCUUGUUUUUUUUUUUGUGUUGACUCAGAAUGAACUUUUAGUUGGUUUAAUUACGAAAUAAUAAAGAGUUUUCGUAUA